CUUUGUAAACUAAUAUCCCGGAAGCGAAGGAGAAGUGAAUAUAGGCGUUAUGUUACACGGGAAGUUGUCUUUAGGAAGAGAGGAACUAUGGCUACAGCUGCGAGCCUGAGUCUGAUGAAGUCAGCAGAUCUGAUCAAGAAAGAGCCUUUGGAUUAUGGAGGGUUUGGGGAAGUUUACCUGUGUUACCACAAAACCCUGGGCCAGGUGGUGCUGAAGACGGUCUACACCGGCCCUCCGCGCAACGGCCGGCAGAAGCAGUCUCUUCUGGAUGAAGGCAGUCUGAUGAGCAGGUUAAGCCAUCAGCGAGUGGUCAAGCUGCUGGGGGUUAUUCUGGAGGACGGAGACUAUUCUUUAGUCAUGGAGCUCAUUCCUAAAGGAAACCUGCUCAGCAUGCUGGAGAGGGUGCCUGUUCCGAUAUCUGUGAAAGGAAGGAUCGUUCUGGAGAUCUUGGAGGGGAUGGUUUAUCUCACGGAGAACCAAGUCAUUCACAAAGAUCUCAAACCAGAGAACAUCCUGGUGGACAAGAACUUCCACAUUAAAAUCGCGGAUCUGGGUCUGGCCACGUCUCAGGUGUGGAGCAAGCUGACUAAAGAGGAGUCUCGCAGACAGAGUGGUCUGGGCAAGAAGUCGUGUGCGCGCGCCGCUGGCACUCUGUGCUACAUGGCUCCUGAGCACCUGAAGAGCAUCAACACCUGCUCCACCGAGAAAUCUGACGUCUACAGCUUCUCCAUCGUCGUCUGGGUCAUCCUCAGCGGCCGCGAGCCCUAUGAGAAUGCCAGGAGUGAAGAUCAGAUCUGCCACUGUGUGUGUCAGGGUGAGCGUCCCGACGAAGCUCUGAUCCCUCGACACACUCCUCAAGACGUCAUCGAGCUCAUGAAGACAUGCUGGAAUGAAGACCCUCGUCUCCGGCCCACAUUUAAAGAUAGCUUUGAAUUGUUUUUACCCUUUUACCAGGAGAAGCUGGCAGCAAAUGUAAAAGCGGAUUUGGAAAGUCUGAUGAGAUCGUAUGAGGGCCCAGAGGAGCUGGUAGAAAAGCUGAAGUCCCUCACAACAGACUCACUCACUCCUGAAGACCCUUCGCCGUGUUCCAGAGACUCUCCAGGGCCCUUGAGGAGCUCAGACGUCGGCCCGGUGGAGGCUAGCAUUGAAGACCUCAGCUUCAGGACCCCCGAAGAGUCUCUGCUGGAGGUGGACGCCGCGCCUCCCAAUCUGGAGCUCAAACUGGCACAAGAGUACAACUACCACAAAUACGGCAGUCGUAUAGUGGAUCAGCCGGACGCCAGCAUUUAUAACCCGCUCCUGCAGCAGCCGGCUAGCAGCAGGUGGGCCGGAGAGGCUUCUUCUGUGAAGUCUUGGACUAAACCCGCCGCUUACCCAAACCCAGACGAGGAGCUCCAUCUGAGGCCUGCUGGCUCAUUUGAGGGAUUGCACAGGCCAGAGUUGGCGAGUCAUCUCUCAGUGCCGUAUUCUGACUACGACAGACUCCAGCAUCCUCACCAUCCGCCGUACAAUCGCAUCAAGUCCUGUCCAGAUAGUGCAUCUCGUGCAGCGGAGUCUUUCAUGCUGGAUUCACAGCCUGGCCUGCGUUUAUCACCUGUCGUAUGUCCUCCAUCUGACUCGGGGUGGCCUGUGACCAUCUCGAAUGCCAGUGCCAUUCAGAUCGGGAGUUACAACACGAUGAAUCUGCGAGUGUCUGAUAACAGCUCCUUCAGCUCGUUAUCCACCGGAUCCAGGAACAGAACCAGAUAUAAUAAGCUUCUGCUGAAGUACGAGGAGCACACGGUCACUGAGAGCCACCUGGAGGUCGUGCGUCAGAACGUGGGUGGAAACUGGAAGCAGGUGGCUCGUAAACUGGGGCUGUCAGACAUAGACGUGGACACGGUCGAGCACGACUACGACCGCGACGGCUUGGCAGAGAAGGUGCACCAGACGCUGGAGCGCUGGAAGAUGAAGGAGGGCCUGCUGGGCAUCACCGUGGGUAAACUGUGCCGUGCGCUGGAGGGCUGCAUCAAACCCAACGUCCUCCUGCAGCUGCUGCUGAAGUCUCAACACACCGCUGGAGUGCCUUGAAACGCCACCUUGUGCUUGUGUCAUAAUUACACUGGGUUACGGGGCAUUUAUACAACUCUAACAACCUUCCUCAAACGGUGAAGCGUUACAAAGACGUGCAGUAUUUUUGACAGCCUAACAUUCAUCACUGUAUCAUGGUGUUGGAUGCGAUAGCAUAAUGAUUGCAAUUCUGUGAACGGAUCAUUGCACAGACGUUAUGUGAUCUGAGAGGACAUUUCCAUGAUGCCGUUUACAACAAAAAUGGGAAAUCGUUCAUUUGCACAAAAGCCUUGAAAAUGCAAACUCUUAAAAAUGGGAUUCAAAAUGGCAAGUUUUUGAUAAUGAUAUUGUUGUCUCUCUGUAAACUACAAAAACACAAAUUUGUGAAAGUGGUGAGGUCAUGCGCAUGCGUAUCACAUGUUUGUGUAGCGUUUCUUCACAAAGACACAUCUAUUAACCUGCCAUGGGUUUUUGGUCGUUUUCGCGGAUUCGUGUGAGCGGGGAUCGUGUUGACAACUUUUCUAAAAUGUUUCCGUUUUUAGUGCAUCGUUUUCAUGUAAACGUACCCUGAGCUCAGAAUAGAUUCCUGCAAAGUGCCUUUUUCCUGUUUUUGAUCAGUUGAAUCAGUCUUUAUAUUUCACUUGUCAUGAUUCUAAGAUGCUUUAUGAUUUUUUUUUCAGGACUUGAAUGCACACUGACUUGAGCUUAUAAAUUGAGAAUGAUUUUUUUUUUUUUUGGAGAAUGUUAAAAUGCCUGUAGUUUUCUGUGAGGUGCAGGGUUGGUUUAAGGCAAUAGAAUAUAAAUCCGCUGCCAAAUCCAGUGUGUGGAUAAUUCUGCUGUAGCGAAAUGAGAUGAUGAUAAAGAUAUGAUAAUGACAUAUCCAAAGAAAAACCAACAUAAAGUGUAUUUUAUGGUGUUGGGCCACCAAAAGAGCUUCAAUGCAUUUUGGCAUUGACUCUAAUGUCUUAAAAGUAAAGGUUGUUUAUUGAUAACGCUGGAUAGAUGGCUUUAUUGACAUAUACAUGGAUGUUUAACAACCUUAAACAUUCAUGAAAUCUUUCCAUUGCGCAAAAGGUUCUUUAUAGUGAACGUAAGGUUCUUCAGAUUGUUAAAAAGUUCUUUACACCAAGAAAAUAAUGGUUUUCUUAAGAACUGAUCAGUGAAACGGUUUUUUGAGGAGUCCAGAAUGGUUCUUCUCUGGCAUCACUGUGAAAGCUUUAUUUUUCAGAGUGUGCUGAAGGGAUGAAUGACUCUUCUUCCAAAAGAAAUUUCCUCAUUUGGUGUUUUGAUGAUGAUGAUGUUGUUGGAGAGUGCUGCUUUCCCUCUGGUUUCAGAUCUGGUGACUGUGAUCUGUGUGAAUGGGACACAAUCCCAUGUUUCAUCUAUGCUUUAUAUCGGUUUGCAGGGACCCAAACCAUGAUGUUAGCAGAAUGCUUGUCAAUGCAUAACAGCUACCCUGUGGAUUGUCUAUUCAUUUGUCACCUGUUUGUAUGUUUUUAAUGCCAUAUCAAUCCAACUUUUAUUAAAAUUACUGCUGUAAUUAAAUAAUCUCUCAUUUGUCUAUAUGUGACAUAGGAAGUGGCCUUCUUCAGUUUAUCUAUAUAGCUCGAGGUCAGUAGAGUGUAUAUAAACAGUGUCUAACACACUAAAUCAAGACUUUAUUAACAGUUACACUAUGACCUUCAAGCAGCAACCACUGUGUUUGGUUUUAUAAUGACUAUUAGAAGCCAGAAUGAAAGUGUUUAAAUUUUUCCGACAGAAGUCACAUACAGUGUAUAUUGCACUUUCAUAAUUGUGUGUGUGUGUGAGAGAGAG